GAUGGACGCGUGACUUUGACCUGUCAGGUGAAUGACCGCGUCCGCGCGUGCAACGGGCCGGGGUUAAAAGCACCGGCGCGCUCCGAGGUCUUGGAGUUGUUAAAGCGCAACUCGGUGAAGUUUUGGAACGCAUUUGACUUAGGAAAAAAAAUGAUGGCAGCGAGAUUUGCUCUGUGCGUCCACGUUGCGCGAGCAGCAACACGGAGUAACACGCGCAUUUUGGGACACGGACACGCGCGCAGCCUCAGCAGUGACACAGAUUUUUCUGGCAUUAAAGAACGGACUUUGGUAGCAGUGAAGCCCGAUGGCGUUCAGAGACGUCUGAUUGGUGAUGUCAUCAAGCGCCUCGAGCAGCGAGGAUUCCGAUUGGUGGGUCUGAAGAUGCUGCAGGCUUCUGACAAGCUUUUAGCUCAGCAUUAUGUCUCGCUGCAGAAGAAACCCUUCUACGCCAGCCUGCUUUACUACAUGACCUCUGGUCCCGUAGUCGCCAUGGUGUGGGAGGGGCAUAAUGUAGUGAGGUCAACACGGAUGCUGGUGGGAAGCACAGACCCUGCUGAAGCUGCACUGGGAACUAUUAGAGGAGAUUUCAGUGUCCACGUCAGCAGAAACGUCGUCCAUGCGUCUGAUUCUGUGGAGGGAGCGGAGCGGGAGAUUUCACUCUGGUUUCAGCGCUCGGAGCUCAUCGACUGGGAGGGAUGCGAUCAUAAAAACAUUUACCACUUAUGAGUGUCGGUUUAAGAUGUCUAUACGUGUUAAAUUACCUCUGAUUACUCACAGUGGGUUGAUUUCAGCUCAAUUUCCUUAAUGCCACAUAAAAUGCUGAUUACUGUUUAUCUAGAUUUGGACUGCAAAUGAUAUGUUAUCAUUUUUAUAUAAUCCAAUGUAAAUAGAUUGAAAUGUUAUAUUUUACAUUAUAAAUAUUUUUAAAGAAAUUUAAAACCUUUUGGAAAAAAUGCACACAAAGGGUGGCCUUGAAUAUUUUCAAAUAAACUUUUAAUUUUGCUUUGACGCACAAGUCUUAACAGAUCCUAAUUGUUUUUAAAAAGUUAUUUUCGUUGUAUUUUAACUGAACAUAAGCAUUGAUCACAUUCAUGCAGAGUGCUGAACAAUAUAACUAACUUCUGUAAACAAUGGACUUUAA